AUGUUCUAUUGAUUGUAAGUCAUUACUUAUAGGAUAAUGAGAGUAAUUAUUAGCAACGAAGAGCAACGAAGAGCAACGAAGCUUGAGUAACAGAAAGCAACUGUGAAGCAUAGUAUAAGCUUCUUAUGAGCGACUUUGUGAGUUAUUUCGAAUUAUAAGCGGGAGUUGUUCUCACAAUUUUUUUUUCUUUUUUUCCCUUUUGCCUUCUUUUCCUUCUAGCGCACUUUUGUCUUGAAAAGAGGUUUUCUUCUCAUUUCAAAUUAUUCGCAUUCCACAAUUUUAUAGUCGACAAAAAAAGAGAAGGAGCAACAUACAAUUCAUAGUUGUGAUUUAUCCAGAAAAUGGGACAUACUUGUUCCAAAUUAAAGGUUGUUGUUCAUCCCAGUUCUCAAUCAACGGCCAUGUUGGAUUAUGGCUCUCUGACACCACACGGCAUAUAUACAAGCAAUAAUAAUUAUGAUAUUCACAUUGUAAGAAGUUUGAUUCGUAAAGGGCAAUUGGCACCCUUCUAUGAAGGCGUUAAUGAACCAACAACAAAUGCAAACAGCAAAUUAGUACCCUACGAUACCGAAUGUCCAAUAUGCUUUUUGUAUUACCCUUCUAGGAUGAAUCGUACAAGAUGUUGUAAUAAAUCGAUAUGUACGGAAUGCUUUUUACAGUUGCAAAAGAAUUCAACCGUUUCGCACUGCCCUUUUUGCGUUCAGCCGAAUCUGGGCGUUUUAUACAUUCCGCCUGUUUGGAGUAAACAUUUUAUUUCAUUUAAAAAAAGACGAGCAGAUUUAAUAGACUCUUCCGACGAUAAUACUUAUAAUAGCAGUAUUUUAAUCGAUACUAUUAAAUCAAGUCACGAAGAGAUGAAUCACGAGAAACGAUCGUCAUCUGUGGGCACAACACGUCGGAGGAGGGUGCAUCUGAAUACUACUGCUACUACGACAACCACCACCACUACCACCACUACCAUUCAAUUUACAAGGGCUAAUCAAGUGCCACCGACAACAAUAUACCAGCAUUUACACCAGAGUUAUCAUCCCUCCACCAUAAGAAACAAUAAUAAUGAUGUUUACUUGGAGGACAUUUUGGUUAUGGAAGCAAUUCGUCUAUCCUAUUUAACUGAAGAAGAGGCUGUGGAACCGCACAAAUAAUCGUUAUCUUUUCUAAUAUUUAUCUUAUGUAAUAUUUUUAUUCAGUCAAUGUAUUAGUACUGUUAUUUAUUUUAUUUAAAAAAUACAUCUUCAAAGGAGGUUGGGUGACUU